AUGUCUCAACGUCGUCCGAAUCUUCAACACUACUGCUGGUGGUGGUUCGCCUUGAUCGCUACAACCUUUCUGAUGAUGAUGAUCCACUCUCAUUCAUCAUUUUCCUCAUUCGGAGGAGGAAUAGUAAAGGCAGAAGAAGUCAUGAUUGAUCUAGAAGGAAAUCCUCAUAUCAAAUCCAACGAUCAGGGAAUGACAAGCCUCUCCACGGUCUAUGAUGCUCUCAAGACUCAUCUCCCCGAACAGACCUUUGCUCAAGUGCGUAGAAUUUUGUAUGGAAAUGAAUGGAAGAGCCUCUCGAUACCUGAACAAGUCCGAUCCUCUGCUGUCAAGAACAAGUUUGAAGUGAGAGCCUAUUCCAUGAUUCAUAAUGUAGCAAGAGAGCAAACACGUCCUCCACGUAUUGUGAGAUUGGGUUUGAUUCAAAAUUCGAUCGGAGCAAAUACGACGGAACCAGUAGAUGUUCAAUACAAGGCAAUUGAAGAGAAGAUUGAGAGAAUGAUUGAUGCUGCUGCUUUGAUGGGAGUGAAUGUGGUUGGAUUGCAAGAAGCAUGGACCAUGCCUUUUGCAUUUUGUACAAGAGAGAAACAGCCAUGGAUGGAAUUUGCUGAGGAAGCAGAAACUGGCAGAAGUACUCUAUUCUUGAGAAGACUUGCUAAAAAGUAUAACAUGGUCAUUGUUUCCCCAAUUUUGGAGAGAGACUCAGAGCACAAUGAUGUCAUCUGGAACACUGCCGUUGUUAUUGGCAAUAGAGGUAACUACAUUGGAAAGGUCAGAAAGAAUCACAUUCCACGUGUAGGAGACUUCAAUGAAGCUACCUACUACUUGGAGGGUAAUUUGGGUCAUCCUGUCUUUGAGACUCAAUUCGGAAGAAUUGGUAUCAAUAUUUGUUAUGGUCGUCACAUUCCACUCAACUGGCAAUCCUACGGAUUGAAUGGUGCUGAAAUUGUUUUCAAUCCAAGUGCACAUUUCACACAAAUUAUGACGGGAAUAUCCACAAAUUAUUUCAAAUCUUUGACGUUCUUGAAAAACAGUGCAACUGUGGGUGCUUUAUCUGAACCAAUGUGGCCAAUCGAAGGAAGAAAUGCUGCCAUUGCGAACAGUUACUUUGUUGCCAGCAUUAACAGAGUUGGAACUGAAUAUUUCCCUAAUGAAUUCACGAGUGCUGAUGGAAAGCCAGCUCACAAAGAUUUUGGACACUUUUAUGGAAGCUCCUAUGUUUCUGCUCCUGACGCAUCUCGAUCACCAGAGUUGACUCGUUUGGGUGAUGGUUUAUUAGUUGCUGAAAUUGAUCUCAAUCUUAACAGACAAGUGAAAGACAAGUGGAUGUUCCAAUCGACCUCUCGAUAUGAAAUGUAUGCUAAGGAAUUGAAUGAAUUUAUCAAACCAACCUUUAAGAGACAAAUCGUGAGAGAUCCAUCCUUGAAUGGCGCUUUUGAAGAGGAAACUCCUGAGCAGUCACUCUAA